AUGAGAAUUCGCAUUCAGAAUGUUUGGCUGCUGUUAAAUAUCCUGGGCGACGCUGUCACCAGCACCUUCGUAGAGGAACUCCACAUUCAGAACACUGCAGGAAAUACUAUACACAUUCUCCAGGAAUUUCAAGACUCUUGCUGUGUUCUAACAAAAAUAAACCGCAACACAACAGACAUUUCUAGAUUACGCGUUGUCCUUCAGGUAACUCCUAGUAUCAGUUACACGUUAAUUCAACAGCAGUACGAAACAACGGGCACCACCCUUUCCUUCGUCACACAUUUAUUGAUGAAUUAUCCGAAAAUACAAGAAAAAGUAAGGGAAGAAAUUAAUGCUGUUCUCGAAAAUGAGGAACCGAGUUACUCCGCCGUGUCCAAGAUGCAAUAUUUGAACCAAAUCAUUUCGGAAUCGCUUCGAUUGUAUCCUCCCGUUUUAACAGUUACGACGAGGAAAGUAGGGAAAACUUUCACCUAUAAAAACUUGACGAUUCCUAAGGACUUGGCCCUCCAACACGCUAUCUGGAAGAGUCAUAGAGAUCCGGAAAUUUGGCAGGAUCCCGAGAGUUUCGAUCCCGACAGAUUUAGUCCAGAACGGAAAGAUUCGAUCGACCCUUAUGCUUAUCAACCUUUUGGAAAUGGACCGAGGAACUGCAUCGGGAUGAGAUUCGCUUUUCUUGUCAUGAAAAUGAUUUUGGCGUCGCUUCUUCGGUCGUUCCGCUUCGUUCCCGGACAAAACACUGAAAAGGUAGUUUAAUCUGUUUUAUGUCUUUCA